GGCGGCCGCGCGCGCUGCGGGUAGCCGCCGUCGCAGCCGCUGUCCCGGGGGUCGCCCAUGGAGCCUAAAGUUGCGUUCAGAGGUGGCAGUCGCUGCUGGAGUAGCACAGAAGCUGGCGGGAGGCUGACUGAUGUAUUCAGUAACGUAAUAACAGGCUCUGGCUCGCUAUAUGGUUGCUACAAAUCGCAGAAUGAAGAAAAUGUAGAGCUACCUCAGACCUACAGUUCUUCCCUUUCAACAUCAGAGUACUCUGCACCUGUGGACUCUUCCCUUUUAUAUGCACCCUGGUCUGCCUAUGGAGAUGAUACUAAGCAGCCUGCUGCUUCUCAGAUUAAUAUAAAGUCCAGGAUUCAGCCUGAAAGGAACGAUUAUGGCAGUGAAACAGAUUUAUAUGGACUUGUGUCCAACAUCUUGGAAGAACAAGAUAAAUCGCAGCCAUAUUGUGCUGAGGGGAGUUGCCCUUCCAACUUUAAGUCAGUAUGGCCUAUGAACACAACCAGAAUUGUAGACCACCAUGACCUGUUGCCAGAAACUAAAAGACCAGUUGUUGCAGCUGUCUCACAACAGGGUUUUUAUAGUAGCGAAUCCGUAUCUGCUGCUGAAAAACAGUACUUGCAAAGCGGUAAUCUUGCAUCGCAGCAAAAAGUAGACGACUGUUAUUGUGGGUUUACUGGCAUGGACCUUGAAGAGCAGUGUUUAUACCCUUCUAGGAAUGAUCAUGCCAACUGUUGCAACAUGCAGACUAAUGAGAAUAUUAAGACAACACCCGUAUAUCAGAACUAUCCAUACAUAAAAAACACCUUUACACCCCAAGUUGGGUAUUCAGAAGUAAUCAAAGACUCGGGAGCCAAUGCUUAUUCUUACGGAAGGGAGAAGGUGUGUCCCAAAGGAGCAGAUGCACAGUUGCACCAAAAGCGGGCAGAAACGUUUCUUCCGCAGUUUCACAGAUAUAAUGAAAAUGCAGAUUAUAGUAGAUACACUGAAUAUUCUCAUGCUAGUAAAGCAAAGCCUAACAAGAGCACCAAUUGUAGCCUCCAAGAAAGUAAGUUAGUAAAUGGAACCACUGAGGCACCAUCUCUGGACACAGAACCCUAUACUAAAUUAUUUCAAGUUAAAUCAGGAACUCAGAAAAAAAUAGAAGAUAGAAUUUCAGAUCAGCAAAACUUUACAUUUCCCAAGGCUGUAGGACUUCUAUCAGAAAAACAAUUUGCAAAUGAAGCUUCUUUCUGCACUGAUUUUGGGCAAAAAUUUGAAUAUGGACUAAAAUCUUUUGCAGCUUGUCCAGGGAAUAGUGACUGUGCAAAUGGUGUAGAAAAGCAGCAGUUUUCGAAGUCCGAUCUUCAGAAUUCUGAAUACUGUAAAUCACUUCCAUUAUUACCAAACUCAGCAAACCCGUCAGCAGGUGCUAAUGUAAGGCCAGCUUGGAUGAACAUUCAAACUAAAACCGCUGCUUCUGUCCCAUUUCAGAAUCCAAGUCCUUUGUUGAAACUGAAUAAUCAUUUACCUGCUUUUCCAAAAAGUUCCAGUCAUUCUAAUGAUUUUUUUCAGUUAUCAUCUUCAAAUUUCCCUUUAAAUAGUAAUUUAUUUCACAAGUACUGUCAAGAUAAUGCUUCGGUUUUUUCAAGUCUUGAUUUUGGUUAUAACACAGCAGAACGAGCUCGGUCUGCUGCUUGCAUGGAAGCACUAGUUAGGAGUGGAGAAGAGAAUCUCAUUGAGUAUUUAAGUGAAAAGAAAUUAAAGCAGCCAAACGGAUUCUGUGACAAUUAUUCAGCUCAGCAGUUUGGGAUCAUUGAAAAUAUGAACAAACACCGUUUCCAGUUGAAGCCACAGAGUGAGCAUUAUGAUCUGGAAGGACAAAAACAUGCAGAUGGGUUGUUGCAGAACAUGUACCAAGAUUUAAUGGAGUCUCAGGGUCAGUUUAAUCUCAGGCAGGGGAGCGGAGACAGUAACACCAUCAAUCCUGUGACUUGCCUACAGGCUCCAAGCUUUUCCAACAAUUGCAUGAUGGGUGACUUUAGACGUCAUCAGCAGCUUGGUUCAAGUGCAUUCCCCGUGAGAUCAGCUCGCCUAUUUGGCCGUUCCAUUGUCCCUCUGAUGGAGUCUCACGACUUGUUCUCCCGCAAUGAUUUAAAACGCUUCUACCCUUACUUUAAUGAUAAGAUGUAUGGUGACACUUCUUUUUCUGGUUUUGUACCAGCAUUUGGAUUUCAAAGGCAAGUUAAAACCCGUAGUGGGCCUGCCAGCGAACUUCAUGUUAGACUAGAAGAAUGUUAUGAACAGUGGAGAGCUUUGGAGAAAGAAAGAAAGAAGACUGAAUCAGCUCUUGCUAAGAAUUUCCAAGGGAAAAAGGUUUCCAGUGCUAACAACACUCCAAUUCCAAGGCUGACAUCAAACCCAUCAAGAGUUGAUCGCUUAAUUGUGGAUCAGCUACGUGAACAAGCCAGAGUUGUGACUUUACUGGGAAAAAUGGAGCGCCUUCGCAGUUCUCCCCUUCAUGCUAACAUUUCUACUGCUCUUGAUAAACAUCUGGAGGUAAUUCAUGUAGUGCAGUCACGUAGAAAAGAUGAAAUUGUAAAUGCUUCAAAUCGACAGAGGCAAGGAGCUCCCAGAUGCCAAGAUGACAGAGAUGUGUUUGCUCUUGCUUUGGCAAUUAAAGAGAUGAGCGUAGCAACACGUAAAGCACGUACAACUCUCUGGUGCGCGCUCCAGAUGACCUUACCGAAAUCUUCAGCUGGAAAACCAGAUCCAGAGAAAGCUCUUCGGGAGACGGUGCAACCUGAAGAAAAAGUGUGCGAAAUCACGAACAGCUGCAGCAUCCUAAAUCAGAGGGCUGAAGUAAGCAAGCACUAACGAAAUACCAGUUGCAUGCAAAAACACACUCCACAGUGUGUAUGUGUGAGAGAUGAUACGCUAAUUCUUUUUAAUUAUUUGUAAAGUUUGAACUACUAAUAUUCAUAUUUAAAGCUGUAUCUGGAUGAGAAGUUGAAUUUGCUUUAAGGGCUCUCGGGUUCUACUUAAACUGUUAACGUGACAGGCAGCGUCAGAGUAUUGUAAAGCCAAACUGGUGAAUGUUAACUUAAAAAACAAUCAGACUAAUUAAUUAACAGCCAAGAUAUUAUUUAACUUCUGCAGGUGAACCCUGGCGUACAACUCUUCCGAUAACUUCUUUUAGUUUUGCUUUAGGAAAUAGGUUUUAAAAUAAUGAUUCUUAAAGACUGUAGUCUAACGGGGUGUCCGGUCAGUAUCAGAUAAGAUUGUGAUGUAAAAAUGGUUUCCUUAUCGAACUAAAACCUGGAAACAGGAGGGAAAAAUGCUACGAAUACCCAAUAUUCAUGUAAAAUUAAAUAUUUAAAAUAUAAAUAUUUAUGAAUUUGAGAUUUUAGAAUCUAAGUUUGUGAAAGGAGAUGCACCAGGUUCUACUAAAUUACUGGUAUGACAAAAUUGUUGUGAAACCAUGCAAUUUAGUACAUGUGUUCAAGUCAUUUGGGCAUGCUCUUGGGAAAAAAAGAACCUCUGUUUUAAAGUAUUUAAACAUAAUCAAAAUAUGACACGCACACAGGAUUAUCCUUUAAAAAGCUGUGCAGCAGCUGAAAUAAUGAGUAUUGUUUUUAAUACCUUCACUUUAAAAUUGGAAGAGGUAUCACAAAGUUCUGAAAUUUCUUAAAGUUACUCUUUCACUAGUUUGGUUUGAAAUUUGGUUGUCAUAUUUGAGACUUAUUAAUUUACCUCUGCAUUUUUGACAGCUAUUAAUACGUGGUGUUUAUCUGCAUAUCUUAAUCUGUACGGAAUAUAAGUAACUUAU